AUGAAUGUGUUGUAUCAUAAUGUAGUCGAUGUUUUAACGGACCUAAAUCUUGAUGAUCGUGUUGCUUUAUCAACAGCUCAUUACAACAUGGGUUUAGAAUAUGUUACUUCCACAGAUACUAACGAUUUAAAUACUGCUGUAGAAUAUUUUGCAAGAAGUUUGGUACUGUUAGGGGACAAACUGUUAAACCGUAAAACUAUAUUGCCCAUAAUAGGUGUACUUAACGGAUUAUAUUUUGCAAAGAAGAAAGAGAAAGAUGCUUUUAAAUAUGUGGAUCUAGCAUUAGGAUGUUAUGUGCUAUACAUGGAAAAUUAUUCUGAUCCCAUCCACAUACCAAGUCUUGUUGAUGUUAAAGAAGAAGAAUCGAAUCCUAGGAUUAUCUUGAACACUUUGCAUCACACAACUUUGCAGGAAUUAGGACGUUUAUAUCUUAAAAGGUGCAAAGAUAAGUACAAAUUUGUAACGUACAUGCAUAACACAUUAAAUAUCCGACUGACAGACAUGUCAUCUAACAAAACAAAAUUCGAUGAAAAAUGUCUUAAUAUGACUUUAACCUUAUUUGAUCUGUCUAGAAACUUCCUAGCAAACGAUUUGUUUCCUAAAGCUAAAAGUCACAUUGCUAUUGGAGAUUAUGUAAUACACAGAUUUGAUGAAGAUAUUAGAUCGGAAGAGAAAGAAAGCACCUCUUGA